UACGGCUUUCUUCUGUGCUCCAACGACGUGAUGGUCUGUUCCACAAACCGUAUAGGAUCGUCCACCGCUCUCGUCAAAGGGGGGAGCUUUCAAAAGCCAAGAAGUCCCGCAGGUUCGAAGGGGCGCGAGCUGGCAGAUUCUCGUUUCGGCUUUCUAAAUCUGUGAGGGAGGACCAGAACGAGGAAAAUCAUGAACCCGUUGAAGCUCAACACCACUUCGGUGUCACUGGCGGUCACGCCAACCGUCGUAUCCACCCUCUUUUCACAUUACCUCAAUCGAAAGACCUCAAAGGGAGGGCCCAAUUCACAUUUAUCCUACGACGAAGGCCUGCACCUCGUCCGAUCCUUCCUCGAAUUCGCGGCCCAGCAUACGGUCGAGGAGCUUCAAGCCUUCACAGCCCAAUGGGUCCCCCACCCGCAAUGGGUCAAAGUAGAAGACGUCGAGAUUCCCGAGACCGAGCUCGAGAAAUCGGCCGGCCUGAUUGAGGCACAACUAGGCCCCCAAGGCGUACGAGCCGUGGGAGGGUGCAAGUGGUGGAAAUGGCGGAAGCCGCAGAGCCCGCUGAAGGCCGAGUGGAUCGAGAUGCGCGCAGACUAUCACGAGCGCAAGAAGAACGACGGCAAGACGAAGAGGGUGAUGCUCUACGUCCACGGCGGCGCCUACUUCUUUGGCAGCGUCGACGAGCACCGCUACCAGAUGCAGCGGCACGCCCGCAAGCUGAAGGCGAGGGUUCUCGCGCCGCGGUACCGCCUCGCGCCGCAGUUUCCCUUCCCCUGUGGUUUGCAGGAUUGUCUUGCGGCCUACCUCUACCUCCUCACCGUCCAGGACCCGACUACCAUCGUGCUUGCCGGCGACUCGGCCGGCGGCGGCAUGGUGCUCUCGAUGCUGUGUAUCCUGCGAGACCGGGGUAUCCCUUUACCCGCGGGUGCGGUCCUCAUCAGCCCCUGGGUCGACCUCACGCACUCGUUCCCCAGCGUCUCGGGGGAUAACCAGAUGGACUAUAUCCCGUCGUCCGGCUUCCAUCACAAGCCGUCCAGGAGCUGGCCGCCGCCGAACGAGGAUGAUAUGGAGAUGAUGAGGGAGCAGGCCAUCAAGGCGCGGGCGGGCAAGGAGAAGAGCGCCACGAAGCUCAACACGCUCGAGAAGAAGCAGGCUGCGCCGAUUGCGCUGGGCGAUGGCAACGAGACGUUGGGGGCACUCAAGGACCAGAUCCAGAUGUACACAACCAACGCCCUGCUCUCCCAUCCAAUGGUCAGCCCGGUAAUGCAGCCUACCCUGGGCGGCCUUUGCCCGCUACUCAUCAUGGUAGGCGGCGGCGAGGUGCUUCGCGACGAGCAAAUCUACGUGGCGCACAAGUGCGCGAAUCCCGCCAAAUACCCGCCGCCGGACCUCGACGAUGCGGGGAUGGCGCAGCUUAAGCAGUAUAAGCCUACGGAUGUGCAGCUCCAGGUCUGGGACGACCUCUGCCACGUGGCGCCGACGCUCAGCUUCACUCGGCCCGCGAAACACAUGUACCGCGCGGUCGCGCAGUUUGGCGCCUGGGCGCUGGCGAGGGCGCAGCAGACGGAGAUUGAGAUCUUGGACGACGAUGACAUUUCAAUGAUUUCCAGCUCCGCAUCGGAUUCUGAUAAGGAGGGGGCCGAACAGACGGAGAACGCGGGGCCUCCGGAACUGGUUGGGAAGGCGGGCAUGCCGUUACCGCCCUUCAAGAAGCACAUGAUCCGGCAAAAGAUCAGCACCCGCGGCGUCGUCUCUGAUUUACCCCCGGAAUUCGAGCUAGACGGCUGCAUCAUGAAGUCGGAAGAGGUCGGCGUCGUCAGGCCCACGCCCGUGAGGCGCUGGCUCGACACAAAAGCCACCUUUGACAAGAAGUUCUCGAGCGCAAAGGCUAAAGUCCACAAGAGCAUAAUCAAGGACCUGGCAGAUGGGUACAUGGAUUUCGGCGACGGCGAGCAGCCGCCGCCCACGGCGCUGGCGGGUCGACGCAAAGCGUCGGACGAGCUGGUGGAUAGGAAGAAGACCAAGAGCAUCGGAUUGGCGCUGUGGUCGCUCUGGGGCUCGAAGCACGACGAGACGACGACGAAGAGGGAGAAGAGGGCCGAUUCCGAUGCCGCUGCCGCUGCCGCGGGCAGGACAUCGCAGCAGACGCGGGAGUCGCAGACUUCGCCGAGGGGCGGCGAGGGAGCGAGGUCGUUUGAGGAUAUUGAGCAUCAGGAUCCUGCACCGCUUGCUUCGCCUACGGGCAGUAAACGGCGGUUCGUGCGGGACGAGCACCAAACGGAGGAAGAGGAGACGCCGGAUCCCUUUCAGGUGGAAGAUUCCCAGACCACUGCAGUAGAAGAUGCAACGCCGGUAGCGGCUCUCAUUGAGAAGAGGAAGGAACAAGAGAAGCACAACGAGCAGGCUGCCGCUGACGGGAACCACCUGAGCCCGGAUUUCAUUCCCGGCGGCACCGGCGUAGCGGGCAAGCGGCCGUUCCUCGACGGCAUUGCGUUGCCGUUUAGCCUCGGCAAGAAGGACGCCGAGACGGCGAGUAUGGUGACGCUCAUGUCGGGCGCCGAUAGCCGGCCGAUUAGUCCCAUGCCGCAGCUGAACCGGUCGGACACGGACGCGACUGAUGGGGUCAAUGGGAACGGGGUUUCGGCUUCCGAGGCCAGCACCCAGGUUCCCGCUGCAGGAGAGACUGAGAGCAAAAGGCCGCCGUUGGAGAACUUUGUCACGGCGGCGGAGGAUUUGCCCCUCGCCAAAGGGAAGGGGAAGGAGGUUAUUAAUGGUGGGGGGUUGGAGCAGACUGCAUGAGACUUUGCUGUGUAAAUAUGAACAGGAUAUUAAAAGCUUCAAU